AAAGGGCCAUCGUGGUUAAAAUCCAGGGUUAUUUUGAUGCAUGGCAAGCUCUCCUUCUCAAACCAGACAUCUUCUUUAAGAUUUCUUGGCUAUGCAGAAAGUAUGAAAAGUCUGUUGAGGAGCUGAAAGAAGAAAUGGAAAUUCUGGUAGAAAAAAAAAGAAACAGGAUUUCCGUAGCAGAGAAACUGGAAGACUCAAUGGAUUUCACCACUGAGUUGAUUUUGGCUGAGAAGCGUGGUGACCUGACAAGAGAGAAUGUGAACCAGUGCGUAUUGGAAAUGCUGAUCGCAGCACCGGACACCAUGUCUGUCUCUGUGUUUUUCAUGCUGUUUCUCAUUGCAAAGCACCCCCUAGUUGAAGAGGCAAUAAUGAAGGAAAUCCAGACUGUUGUUGGUGAAAGAGACAUAAGGAUUGAUGAUAUGCAAAAACUAAAAGUGGUAGAAAGCUUUAUUUAUGAGAGCAUGCGGUACCAGCCUGUCGUGGACCUGGUCAUGCGCAAAGCCUUAGAGGAUGAUGUCAUCGAUGGCUACCCAGUGAAAAAGGGGACUAACAUUAUCCUGAAUAUUGGAAGAAUGCAUAGACUUGAGUUUUUCCCCAAGCCCAAUGAAUUUACUCUUGAAAACUUUGCCAGGAAUGUUCCUUACAGGUACUUUCAGCCAUUUGGCUUUGGGCCCCGGGCCUGUGCGGGAAAAUACAUUGCCAUGGUGAUGAUGAAGGUCACCCUGGUCACACUUCUGAGAAGCUUCCACGUGCAGACACUGCAAGGUCGAUGUGUUGAAAAGAUGCAGAAGAAAAAUGACUUAUCCUUGCACCCAGAUGAGACCAGCGACCUGCUAGGAAUGAUUUUCAUCCCAAGAAAUUCAGACAAGUGCCUCGACCACUAA